AUGUAUGCCCCAAAAUUCUUUAGGGUUUCAGUUCUUCGAAGGACAAAGAAUAUUGAAAAUGGCGCAUCUCCCACUGAAGUGAAGAGUGAAGGUCCUCAGGCGAUAGGCGGCAGGCGCUCAGCCGAUCGCACACAUCCGAGGCUCCGAGCCUCCGACGAGACCUGUAACGGAGCCCCAAACCUCCGGCGCCAUCAACGAGACCUGCAACUCCUCUGUAUCGUCAAAUACGCUUCUGAUGGGUUUCGUGGCCGGUGA